UUAAAACUCUUUAUCUCAAAAAUAUUCCUGUUAAGUUGAAAUACACAUUUUCUUUUAUUAUUUCACAGGAAUGGAAUAGUUUGUUCUAUUAAAAUAUAUAUAUAUAUAUAUAUAUAUAUAUAUAUAUAUUUACCAAUCUAAAUGUAUGUGGUCGCUUUGAAACAAAUUAAUGGACAAAUUAUCACUGUUGAAAAUAUCAAGUUCAUUUUAAUAUAGUAGGAAAAAAAAUGAUGACAUAACCAAGGUUAUUUGAGGGCAGGCGUGCUCUUAUUUUGAAGCAACCCGGAAGUGCAGUCGCCGGCGGGUAAUGGCGACUGCGGUGAAACGAGCUGAUGUUUGUUUUGCUUUCAGAAUCAUGAUGGUUCCGUUGUUUCUCGUUCCUCUGCUGUGCUUCCCGUUCUAUUCCUCGGCCAAGAGGAACGACAGACCCGUGGUGGGGGUUCUGGCUCAGGAGGUUUAUUCGAAACAAAGCUCGUACAUCGCUGCUUCCUACGUGAAGUUCCUGGAGGCAGCGGGAGCGAGGGUCGUCCCCGUCAUGAUCAACCAGACACUGGAGGAGUACCAGACCCUGUUCAACUCCAUCAAUGGGAUCCUCUACCCGGGUGGAGGAGUCAGCAUCAUCUCAUCUGGUUAUGAACGGGCUGCAAAAAUCUUUUAUGAUCUUGCCAUUGAGGCGAACAAGCGAGGCGACUACUUCCCUGUGUGGGGAACCUGCCUCGGGUUCGAGCAGCUGAUGUACCUGACGAGUGGAAAGUCGUUACUGACGCACACCAACACAAGUGGUGUGUCCCUGCCGCUGGACUUCACUAAUGAAACCAGCGGCAGCCGGAUGUUUAAAGGUUUCCCAGCUGAACUCAUGAAAGAUCUGGAAUCUCAGCCACUGACAGAAAACUCUCACACGUGGAGUUUGGCUUCGUUGACUUACGACACCAACGAGGACCUGAAGACGUUUUACAAAGUUCUCUCCACAAACACGGACGGAGAAACCCAGUUUGUGUCCACAGUGGAAGCAUAUGAUUACCCAAUUUAUGCGACACAGUGGCAUCCAGAGAAGAAUGCAUUUGAGUGGACGCGGCCGUACAUCCCACACACUCCAUCGGCCAUCAGGACCACCUUCUACAUGGCAGAGUUCUUCGUCAGCGAAGCCAGGAAGAACUUCCACAGCUUUGCGUCGGAGGAGGGGGAGAACAAAGCGCUGAUAUACAACUACAAUCCUGUUUACACCGGGAAUCACAGCGCCUUCGAGCAGAUCUAUCUUUUCUGAUUUGUCUCUUUGCACAUGAGCUUUUCCACAUUGAGCCGCUGAUUGGCUGCAUUCAUCACUUGUGAAUCUUUACGGGUAAAUCUUCAUGUUUGAUUUGAUGUUUGCUGCUUUUAAUCAAUUUGUUGAAAAAGCCUGAAGUUGGGGUAAAAGGAUGUUUGCAGGAAUGUGCAGCAUGAUGCAGUGCAGGAUUUACAAAAUGUCAGAUGAUGUUUAAUCUGGUUUACAUGUGAUAUUAAUGCUGCAUGAAGCUGCAUUUUUAGGCAUUUUACCUUGAAUGUGUUUGUGUUUACAUUCCAAAAAGUUUUAACAGUGAUAACAUGUAAAUGUUGCGUUUGGUUCUGCUGCUUCCUAUGUACGCACAAGUGUCACAGAAAUAAAUGAUCCAUCACCAGUAAAGAAAUUUAUGAAUGCAUAUUUAUAAUCUCACAAAUUGUUGUUAAUAAAUGAAAUACUUUAGUAUAUGUGACACUUGUGGUGCUCCAUAGAUCCCAUGUGGCCAAAAAAUAAUAAAACAAAUGAGCCAACAA